GUUUGACAUCCGGCCAAGAUUUUGUGUUUCAGCAAGAUGGUGCAGCGGAACCUCGCAAAAAAAAGAUGCUGAAAUAGCUUUCUAGCAGUCCAGAUAUGUCACCUAUUGAAACUUUGUGGCACGAGAUGAAAAAGGUUCUACGACAACAUCCUGCUCGUACAAUCACCGAACUGAGACAAAAGCUUCAAGAAAUAUGGGAUUGAUUUACAGCAAAUUUCUGCCAAAACUUGGUUAACACUAUGCCCCAAAGAAUUUCAGCC